ACUCCGACUGCGGCCUCCACACCACAAGAAAUAUUGAAAUCGCACCGUCGCGGCAACCAGUCUCCUCCGAUCUCACCAAAACACCUCUCUCAAAAAUGGCUCGCGGCAACCAGCGCGACAAGGCCCGCGAAAAGAACCUCGCCAAGCAGGCCGGCGAGAAGUCCAAGAACAGCCUGUCUGGCUCCGAGAUGAUGCGCAACAAGGACGAUGUGGCGGCGAUUAUGAGGGCGAAGCAGCAGGCGGCUGAGGCUAAGAAGGCUGCUGAGGCGGCGAAGAAGUAGUGGAGGGUUCCAGUGGAAGGGGAUGAGGGGAUUGAGAAUGAAGUGAAGGAAGGUGGGGGUCCGAGCGACGAAUUGAGAGUGUGAAACUUCAUCGUUCCGGGUUGAUGCAUUUCCCUAUUGCACCGUACUGCUUUGACUACUC